AUGGUAAUGUAUAGCUCGUUUGAGCAGGGGCCAGUGAUAUGGCCUACUGUUGAAAGGGUUCAAGAGCUGAUUGCUAGGUUCAUGCAGCUGCCGGACGUGCAACAAACCCGGCGAAUGAUGAGCCAGGACAGCUUUGUUGUGCAAAUGCUUGAAAAGUUGGGCACUCUGCUUCUAAAAUUGAAGCAAGAGAACAGGGAGAUGAAAAUGAAUGCAGUGAUGCAUCAGAUUUUUCGCGGAGAACAGAUAGUUGAUUAUCUGAGUUCAGUAGAUUUAAACGACCUGGGUUGGGUUUUAAACACGAAUAUUGCUGAAAGUGUUAUGAGGUUGGUAAGAGAUUCCCCAACUCUGGCUCCUCCUUCAGUUGUUGCUCCAGCAGAUGUGUUUUCUGGGCAAAGCUAUCAAAGCAUGGUGGGUAUGCAAACUGCCAAUCUUAAUCCUGCCUGGAAUUGGGCUUUCAGUAAUCAAAAUGACCCAACUCAGGGGGAGCAGGGCCUAGCACUUCCCAACAAAAUCCUUAACUCGUUUCUGCAAAUUUCUCAGUGUUCAUAA